UGUGUUAAUAGAUAUCAACAUGUAGGUAUUUACUACAAAUCUCAUUCUACGCAUUUUCACACAUCAUCGACCAUAGGUAGUUCAUAUCAUACACUAUCACCAUGAUCCAAAAGCUAACUCCCACACCUUUAACCUCACUUCGUGUCUCUCGUCACUUUAUUCCGGCGCACGGACUUAUCCCUAACACGAGCAUCCAAAACAAACCGCUAUUACACUAUCAUGAGGCUUUUCCUCCCUCAACACUUACCGCAUCUGCCAUAGAGUCACAUCUCACAUCAGUUGGUGUUGUGGAGCCUCAGUGGCGUUUUACAAUGUAUUCCACCACUCACUUCCACUCCACCACGCACGAACUGUUGUGUAUUAGUAACGGAAAGGCGAAGCUCUGCUUCGGCGGCGAAGACAACCCCGACAAGGUGGAGAAAGAGGUCGAGAAGGGCGAUGUAUUGGUCGUGCCGGCUGGCGUCGGACAUAGGCUAUUGGAAGAUCUUACAGGUGAAUUUGAGAUGGUGGGUUCCUACCUGAAGGGCUACAGUUGGGACAUGUGUUACGGCAAGAGGGACGAAGAGGCCAAGGUACAGGGUAUUAAAAAUCUGCCAUGGUUCGAGAAAGAUCCGAUCUAUGGAGAUAAGGGUCCCGUGCUCGAAAAUUGAACGUCAAGAGAGGGCGAUAUUAUAUAUUUUCGGUGACACGGUUACUGUCUAAGUUUCCUCUUUGGGGGCCAUAGUUAUGUUGGUAUUAGCGUGGUACGAAUGGCCUCACCAUGAGUCAAAAUCACUCAAGGCUUGAGCGAUCAAACUCAUCGAUUAGACACUCCGAUACCGAAUCCUCCGACUUGAAGGUCAAACGACUAGUGAGCGAGGGACAGGGCUGUGCACACAUAUUCAUCUCCGGGAAUCGGCAGGAAGAGAAGAAACAAGAUGGUCCAAUCGCAAACUAUUGCCUCGAUAGCCGCCUACAAAUAUUGACGUGUGAGGGAAUGCAAAUGGCGACGUCAAAGAUGAGGCGUCGGCAUCUGCCUCGAUGCAAUCGUUGGCAUUGAUGACCCGUGGGAGAUCUUGUGUAGCUUCUGUU